GAGGCCCUGCACGCGCCUGCGCAGAGGCCGGCUUCCAGGGUCCAGUCCUCCGGGGUGGCAGAAGCGCCGAGCGCCCCGCCGAGCGGAGCGCCCCGCCGGGGAGGCCUAUAGUGUGCGCAGGCGCACGCGGCCGUCUCCGGCUUCUUCCGGGCCCCAGAUUCCGCUCAAGCCUCGGGACGAGACCUCGGGUGGGCGGGGCCGGGCCGGGGCGGGGCUCCAUGCCCCGCAGGCUCCCCACCCUUCACUCUCAGCGCCCCGCAGCCGCCGGCCAUCACCUCCUCUGAAGUGCGCGAGUCAUGUUACCCAACACGGGGAAGCUGGCAGGAUGUACAGUUUUUAUCACAGGUGCAAGCCGUGGCAUUGGCAAAGCUAUUGCUUUGAAAGCAGCGAAGGACGGAGCAAACAUUGUUAUUGCUGCGAAGACCACACAGACACACCCCAAGCUUUCAGGAACAAUCUAUACAGCUGCUGAAGAAAUUGAAUCAGCUGGAGGAAGGGCCUUGCCCUGUGUUGUUGAUGUGAGAGAUGAACAUCAAAUCAACAGCGCUGUAGAGAAAGCAGUUGAGAAGUUUGGAGGAAUUGACAUUUUGGUCAAUAAUGCCAGUGCUAUUAGCUUAACCAACACUUUGGAAACACCCACGAAGAAAGUGGAUUUGAUGAUGAAUGUGAACACCAGAGGCACCUACCUUACAUCCAAAGCCUGUAUUCCAUACCUGAAGAAGAGUAAAGUUGCUCAUAUCCUCAACCUUAGUCCACCACUGAAUCUAAACCCCGCAUGGUUCAAGCAACACUGUGCUUAUACCAUUGCUAAGUAUGGUAUGUCCAUGUGUGUUCUUGGAAUGGCAGAAGAAUUUAAAGGUGAAAUUGCAGUCAAUGCAUUAUGGCCCAAGACAGCCAUACACACUGCUGCCAUGGAUAUGCUAGGAGGAUCUGGUAUUGAAAGCCAGUGUAGGAAAGUUGAUAUCAUUGCGGAUGCUGCAUAUUCCAUUUUCAAAAAGCCGAAAAGUUUUACUGGCAAUUUUAUCAUUGAUGAAAAUAUCUUGGUAGAAGAAGGAAUAAAGAAUUUUGACAUCUAUGCAGUUAAGCCAGGGCAGCCUUUGUUACCAGAUUUUUUCUUAGAUGAACACCCAGAUCCAGUCAUCAACAAAAUGGAAUCACAUGGGGCUGUUCCAGAAGUGAAGGAAGAGAAGACACGGGCCCAACCGAAACCACAACGUUCUGGAGCUGUGGAAGAGACUUUCAGAAUCGUUAAGGAUUCCCUGAGCGACGAUGUGGUUAAAGCCACUCAGGCCAUCUAUCAGUUUGAACUCUCAGGUGAAGAUGGUGGCACAUGGUUUCUUGACCUGAAAAACAAGAGCGGGAAUGUGGGAUGUGGAGAGCCUUCUGUUCGGGCAGAUGUGGUCAUGAGUAUGUCUACUGAUGAUUUUGUAAAAAUGUUUUCAGGGAAACUAAAACCAACAAUGGCAUUCAUGUCAGGAAAAUUGAAGAUUAAAGGAAACAUGGCUCUAGCAAUCAAAUUGGAGAAACUAAUGAACCAGAUGAAUUCCAGACUGUGAAAGAACAAAAACAAAAAGUAAAUUGCUAUGCUCAAAAAGUACAAGAGCUCAAGAGUAAACUCCAAUGUUUGUUUUCUUCCCUACUAUAUCAUAAGGCUAUGCAUGUGUGUUCUGGAAAAAAAUGGAAUUUCUGUUUCUAUAAGACUUGUAAUUAUAAUUAAACAGCUAGCUAAU